CCGAAGCCGUUCCCCUUACCUAAGAUGGCCGACACGAUGCCCGUGUUAAAACUCCUGCAUCGUUAACUAUUAACGUUAGCCUCGCGUUACGUUUUGUAUUUUACACUUGCCCUCAAGGUAUUAUAUAUUUUUUUUGUGUCACGGCCCUGUUUAAAUAAAGAAUGACGAGCCGGCACUUCUUCCGAGUUCUAAGGGCGUCGUGUGAUUCAAUUGCUAAAAGCGGGCACUUUAAUUUAUUAUUUUUGCCUUGAUUUAAACAAGGAAGUGAGCGUCCGUUUUACGUCUUGGCAUUAAGAAUUAAGCCAGAAGCCAUGAGAAAAUGUAUGACUCUGACAAUGAGUCUCACCCUCGUGGGAAUCCUCGUGGUGUUGAAGAUGUCGCUUCUGCUGAGGCACCGGGAGGCAUGGUCAUAUCAUCUCAGUGGCGAGGGCUUCCUCUACAAGCUUGACCCCACGUGGCCACACUACCCGGAGCACUUCAGCGGGCAGGUGUUUGCUACAGCGGUGGAUGGCGCCACUGGACGGGUGUAUGUCGCGCAGAGGGGAGACAAUGUGCCAAAAAUGCUGGUGUUCUCAGAGUCUGGGUCAUUCCUUGGGUCCUGGAACUCGUCGGCCCUUGAGAUGCCCCACGGCAUCUUCUUCCUGCAAUCCGCGAACAACUCCAAUAUCUGGGUCACAGACGUCGGCACGGGUGAAUGGGGCCACUCGAUAAAGAGGUUCUCCCCAGACGGGAACCUGCUCGAGGUGCUAGGCACGCCGGGCAAGGCUGGCGCCAGCUUCACACCACUGCAGUUCGACCAGCCGGCAGAGGUGAUUGUGGGGCCGCGAGGGGAGAUGUACGUCGCCGAUGGAGACGGUGGCCUUAACAACCGCGUCUUCAAGCUCCAGUCUGACCGGACCUUGGAGUGGGUGCACGGAGAAAAGGGGAGUGGAAAAGCCCAGUUUUACAUCCCACACAGCUUGUGCCUCGACAGCUUUGGCAGGCUGUGGGUGGCUGACAGGGGGAACAAGCGAAUUCAAGUGUUCGACGCUGCCACUGGUGAAUGGCUGGGAGAGUGGACUUCUUGCUUCACGGACGACGGCCCAUAUUCCGUCAGACUGACCCAGGAUGGGCUGUACCUGGUGGUGGCACAGCUCAACGUGGGGCGGCUGCUGCUGCUGCACAUGCCGAGCGUGGGCCUACCGGGCACGUGCCGUGUUGCCGCCUCGCUGCAGAUGGGCCCUGAGACGCGGCCACACCUCGUCUCAGUCAGCCCUGCCACGGGAGCCAUCUACCUGGCAGAGAUCGGUGCUGAACAGGCACAGAAGUUUGUUCCAAUCCGGUGACGAAUUCUGCCUUUGCGGAUUCACUCUGUUCACAAAUCCACAAAGUUCCUAUUUAGGCUGCAAUUUCAGCACAGACUUAACAAUGGUUACAGUAUGUGGAUUUUAAAUACGUCUAUGGAAAAAGCUCAUGAAAUUUUGGAGACUGUUAUUCAUUGGGAUGGUGGGUUGUAUAAAUAUUAGGUUUUGCUUGUCCUUGAUUUCCUUAAAAAAAUAUGUAUAUUGGGAAAGGGAAA